AUGACCCAAAACAUGGUGACUGUGAAUGGAAUCGAUGUGGUCUCUACACUGUCCCAGCCCAGCCACAUCAAUAUCCACAUCCACCAGGAAUCAGCUUUGGCACAAUUGUUAAAAGCUGGGGCUUCUCUGAAGGAGCUCUUUUCUCGCCGUUGGGACACCGGCCCUUCUGAGGCCAGGGUGAGCUAUGGGCAGCUGGUAUUAGGGGUGAUCCAGAUAUUGCUGGGGGCUGUGAGCUGUGCUCUCGGAGGGUUGCUCUGCUUCGGGCCCUGGACAGAGCUGCGUGCCUCAGGCUGCACCUUCUGGGCAGGGUCUGUGGCUCUUGUAGCAGGAGCUGGGGCCAUCGUCCAUGAGAAGCACCAGGGCAAACUCCCAGGCUGUGCAUCAGGUCUGCUCACGCUGGCUAGCGUCUCCACGGCCGUGGUUGCUGUUGUCCUCUGUGUGAACAGCUUAAGCUCGCCAAGUGAUGGCUUCCUUUAUAUCAACUCUGUGUGUGAGUCCCCAGAAACUGCCACCCCGACCACUGGGUACAAAGAGACAUGGCAAAGGAGUCGCAUGUCACGGUAGAAUGAGGAUAGGUGCAGAACCUACAUGCAAAUGCUGAUGAAUUUAUUCCUAGGCAUCCAUACUCUGCUCCUGGCUGGCUGUGUCCUGCAGGUCAUCAUAUCCUUGGCUUCCCUGGGCAUGGGUCUUCGAAGCUUGUGUGGCCAGAGCUCCUGGCCCCUGGAUGAGGAAGGGUCCGAGAAAAAGCUACUGGGGGGGAAUUCAGUGCCUCCCUCCCCCUCCAAGGGGAAGACUGUGGCUGCCGUCAUCCUGUGA